CUCUCAGACAGCGCCGCAAUCGAUGGCCGAACGACCUGCACGACGCCCACGAGGCUGCUUCCGAUGCGGCAAGGACGACCACCUGGCAGCGUCAUGCCCAUCUGAAGUGAAGCUGUGCUUCAACUGCGCGAGUCCGGAUCAUUCACUGGCAGAAUGCUCAGAGGAGCGAAAGCCGAUGUCGAUGACCUGCUACAACUGUCAAGGCCAAGGACAUCGGGCGGCAGACUGCACCGAGGCACGCGUUGCUCGACCGGAGAAGCUAUGCUACACUUGUGGCCAGGGCGGUCACGUUGCGUCGGCUUGUGAUCAAGGUCAGACGGCUCCGGCAAAGCUGCCUGCGCCAGUUGCCGAAGCACCCUCGCGAUCGAAAGCUCCGAGACAGGAUCGAGUGCUGACUUGCCAUCGCUGUGGACAAGAUGGACAUUUUGCGAGAGACUGCAGUGCUGCCGAUCCCAUCUCACCGCGAGAACCGUCUGCCAGACCACCUCGCACGAAGACUUGCCAUUCUUGCGGAGGUGCUCAUCUCAUUCGUGACUGCCCGACAGCAACAGACCGACCGGCCGCAAAAACGUGCUACAAUUGCGGUCUUUCGGGUCAUCUGUCGCGCAAUUGCUCACAGCCGAGUGCAACGACCGUCGAAAGCGCUCCCGCUGCACCGCUCGUCUCCUGAGCUCACGUUGGCGCGAUUGAGACCCGAGAGAGCCAGCCAAAAUGACAGCAGAUGCAAGCAGAGAAAGACCUCAUAAUGCUAUACCCCUCUCCCGACAGCAGAAGCAUCUAUCUACAGAUUGCAGAAGUGACACAACAUGCAUAUCCUUCGGUGUCUCUUGUAACCUCGAGCGUAGCCUCGCCACCCGUCCCGUCGUUAGCUUUCCUCGGCAUCCUCAGGCCACACUACGCUCGGCUCUUG